UCCAGGGCACUUCCGGUGAAGAAAUGAUAAUUGUUCCACAAUUAAUUCGAACAAACUGGUUUCUUUGUGGGAUAGUGUUUGUUAUUUGUCUUGCUAGUGUUGCACCAACUAUAGGAGCAAAAGGAGGUAUUCUUAGACCAGAAAUAACAGUCAAAUUUGUUGCUGUAUUCAUCAUCUUUUUUAAUAGUGGAAUAUCUUUGAGAAGUGAGGAUUUGACAAGAGCACUGGUACAGUUCAAACUACACAUCUUUAUACAGGGAUGGACAUUUGUCAUCUUUCCAUUGGUGAUUAAUCUUCUGGUAUCUUUGCUGAAAGAUGGUCUGUUUGAAAAACUACUCCUUCAAGGGCUUUUGGUUCUUGGAUGCAUGCCUCCUCCAGUUUCUUCUGCUGUAAUACUGACAAAGUCAGUGUCAGGAAAUGAGGCUGCAGCAAUAUUCAAUUCUGCUGUUGGAAGUUUUUUGGGAAUAUUUAUUACACCAUCUCUGAUACUACUUAAUCACCAGUGGCCCUUAUUGAAUGGUUGGGUCAGCUGUGGAUGUUCCAGUCAGUUCCAUUUUUGUGCAACUGUCACUGACGGUUGUACUGCCCCUGUGUGUGGGUCAGAUCAUCAGGAGACGACACAGGAUGUGGCUAGAGAGAAAUCCCAUCCCCUUUGGGACCAUAGUGCCAUACUUUUAAUGAUUAUCUACACAACAUUCUGUGACACAUUCUCACAAGCUGAAAUUGACUUGGAUUUCAUCAGUUUUAUAUCCAUUGUCUUCAUGAUUGUCAUCCUCCAGUGUGCUUUGCUGUGGAUGGUUUUCUACAUUACCACACGUUCAUGGCUGAACUUUCACCCCAAAGAUACCACCGCCAUUAUGUUCUGCAGCACUCAUAAGUCCCUCACACUAGGCAUUCCCAUCAUGAAAAUAGUGUUCAGUGGAGAUCCGGGGCUGUCAGUAAUAACGAUUCCUCUGUUGGUUUAUCAUCCAACACAGAUCCUGCUAGGCGGACUGCUAGUCCCACCUCUUAAGGAGUGGAUGUUCUCUGUUGGCAGAAAAAAAUACGAGUCUGAACUGCGCACGUGGCAUCAUGGUUUGGAUAUGUAUUUGAUACACGGCCAAGUGACAGUUGUAGACAAACAAUGGCCAAGAAUGUGUAGAAUGGACAGAAUUCAGGUUAAAGGUGUGCCAAAUUAGUCACUGUAAAUGUUCAUACUGAAAAUUAUUGUACCUGUCAUAUCAAUGUAAAUCAUAUCAAUCUGCAAUGUUUUAUUUUCCAAAAAUAAAAAAUAAGACAUACAUAUAUCAUA